AUGAUCAACAUUCACCUCUCGGAUAUUCCCAAUGAAGUCUUGUUUGAUCAUCUCCUUCCCUUCAUUCCACAACAUCAUUUAAUCGCUCUCAAGUCUACCAAUCAUAAUUUUAACAAAUUAAUUUGGAAUUAUUGGAUUACCCACAAAACUUCGUAUAUUCUUCCCUACCGAGUUAAAGCUGGUCAAUUGGAAAAUAUUAACAAGUAUUAUCUAUCAAAAUUAGUAAAUUUACAAGAAAUUAAUAGUAGAGAAAGUAUUGAUAAUGAUGAAAUUCAGGCUAGAGAAGAAAUUGAUGAUUUAUCAUUCUUUAAAAUUCUCCGAUCUUUAAAUUGUAAAAUUAGAAAGCUUGAUUUGUUGGCGUGUGAUGCCUUUUCUGGAUUCUUUUUACAAGAUGCCAUUGAUGAAAAGCUUCAAAUGGUGAAUAGUCUUGAAGAGUUGUUGAUGUGUGGUUUUGAUUUUCAUAUUGAAAACCUUUCACUUUCAUCAUUUUCCAAUUUGAAACAAUUAACUUUAAUAGGAAAUGGUAUUUCAGUGGAUAUCAAGGUAACAUUUCCUUCAAAAUUGGAGAAGUUAGUAGUUGAUUACAUAUUACCAACAGCAGUUUUAAAAAACAUUCCAAACCAAUGCCCAAAUUUAAUGGAAUUACGUUUGAGAGGUGUUUCAGAAAAGAAUGCACAAUUUUUAAUGAAAAAUUUACCUAAACUUUCUUCGUUCCAUUUCAUGUAUCCAGAGAUACCUGAUGUUCAGUUAACUAAUUCAAUUUUCACUACUUUUAAGGAACCUCUCAAGUUGAAAUCACUUUCUUUAUUUGUUAGAGCAGAUAUAACUGUUCCAAAUAAUGCUUUUGGAAAAAUUGUUGAACAUUUGACAGAUUUGAGUUUAUUUAUUGUUGGAAUAGAAUCUACCAAAAAUAAUAAUUCAUUAUUAGAGGCAAUUUGUUCUUUACCAAAUUUAAACAAACUAAAGCUAUUAUUCAUGACAAGAGUUUCAUUUUCAAAAGAUUUAAUUAAGAAACUUUCCGACACCUCAAGUUUUAAUCGUUUAGAAAGUGUAUCCUGUGAUUUAGUGGAAGGAGCAGGCAUUUUACUUCCAGUACUUGUUGGAAGGUCCCUCAAAGAACUUUCAGUGACUGGAUUUGAAAAUCAAAUGAAUUUUGAAUUCCUUUCCAAAUGUCAAAAUGUUAAAUCACUUCACUUGGAUGCAUCGAUAGAAAAUCACAAUUUAGAAAAGGUGAUUGUUCCUUUACCUCAUCUUGAAUCAAUCACUGGUAAUUUGAUCACAUCUGAAAUUGUAAAGAAACUAACCAAUAAGAAGAAACUUAGAAAUUUAUCAAUGGUAUAUGAUCAUGCCAUCAGUCUAUUAGAGUUUACAACUCUAGAGACACUGAAUAUUUUAGACAUGUCAGUUCCAUUUCCAAAUCAUUUGAUACUUCCACUUAGAAUAUAUACCUUGUCAAUUUCAUCUUUUGAAAAUCCUUCAGGAUCUGAAAUGGGAUUUGUUAAGAAUAUUCAAUCAUUAACUCAAUUAAGAGUUUUAAAAUUGAAACAAUCAUCCAUUCAAGAUGAAAUUGUGAAUGAAUUAUGUACUAAUGAUUCUCCUAUUGAAUCCAUCUAUUUUAACGGUUGUUCUCAACUCACCAAUCAAUUACUCUCUACAUUUAAAUCCAUGAAACAAUUAACAUUAUUACUUUUAGUGGAUUGUCCUCAAUUCAGGGAUAUCAAUGAAAUCUCAUUGUUGGAACAUGAAAGAGAUUUUCACUUUUUCUGUACCAAGAUUAAGGAAAGAAAAUUCAAUAUGGAACGUGCUCUCAAAACUAUUACUGAAAAUUUACAGAGUAUCAAAGUAGAGAGUGCCAAUCAUCUCUUUGAAGAAUUGAAUGCAACUCUUAUUCCAAAUCUAUUGAAGGAGAGAAAAUUAGUGGAAUUGAAUUUAUAUAUGAGUCGCUUGUUGGAUUUACCCAUCAAAGAUGAAUAUAGAUUCACUAUAUUAUGCUAUACUUUACAAUCAGUAUUUAGCUUUGACUAUAUGAACGGAUCGUCCUUUACAAAAUUGUUAAAAUAUUUCGCCAACAAGAUUGAGAAUGGUAAUUUCGCAUUUGAUAGAGAAGCAUUAAUCUAUUCUCUAUCUAAGGCACUUCCAGUAUUCAUUGCAUUGAAUUCAACAGUGGAUACCUUUUUAGCAUUGAGUAUUUUAUUGGAUUUUAAUGUUCCACACAUUAUUGCUAAGCAUUUUGCAAGAAUUGCUGAGGAUUUAUUAGAUUUAUCUGGUGUUAAAAAAUAUGUUGAUAAAUUUAUGAAGAAAUGUCUAGAAAAUAAGAUUAAUCUACAUCAAUCAUUUUCACAUGACAGUAUCUCUCAGUUUACAAGUAAUACAAGGUUCUCUACUUUGAGUAGACCUUUUGGGUUGAUGGUUGCUAAGGCAUAUAACAAUAAUUUUCUAUACACUGGCGAGGGUGGUACUGGUAUAAAUAAUGUCAUUCCACAAUAUACUCCAAUACCUGAUUGUUGGAAAGGAGAGAAUACAUUCACAACAUGUAUUGAAAUUUCAAAACCAAUCAAAUGGGAAAUGUACAAAAAGGUUCAUUCUGAAACUUUCAAAGCAUUUGGAUUUAAUUGGUUUAUGACUAUUCAUAGUGGAGAAGAUAAUACAUUGGCAACAUGUUCAUUAUAUUUACAAUCGACACAACAUGAAGAUGAUUCUUCCUCAGUAUUGGAAUAUUUGAGAGUUGAUGUUGCUUUUUUCCCUUAUUACUAUUCAAAUCAUUACUCUGUACACUCCCACAAAUUUCAGCAUGCCUUGGAUAAUAUUUCACAAAAUCAUUUUUCCAUUCUCUCCACAGAAUUCAAAAAUGAUGCUUAUGACUACAAGAUUGUUGUAUGUAUGAAGUUAUUGGAGAAAUCACCAUCUUUAAAUAAUACUCUCUCAAUGAGUUCAGCAUCACCACUCUAUGGAGUACAUCCAUGGAUUGAUAGACAAUUAUCCAAGAAUAUACCAAUGAGUCAUCAUAAUAUUUCUAUUCUCACUCCACUUGAAGUAUUGGAGGAUUACAAUUUCUCCUCCAAUCUCUUUAACGUAUUUGGAAAUAAUAUUAAUAUCUACCUGACACCUAUAUCAAGAAAAAGUGGAUUAUUUUCUAUUGAUCUAUUAGAAGUGUUUAAAUCCACUGACAUUUUUAAAAUUAAAUAUUUAAUUGCAAAUGAAUCAUUUGAUAGAGAAAGUAUUCAAAUUAGAAAGUAUAAUAGAAUUGAAUUGAAGAAUUAUCAAGAACGUAAAAGUGGAACGUCGCUUUAUUUUGAUUCAGAGGAAUUUUGUGAUUUGCUGAAUCCAUCAUUUUACAAACCAACAAUAAUAGAACAAAGUGGAAAAUACUUUAACAAGUAUGCAUUUCAAAUUGUAUUCUUUUUAGGAAAUACAACAAGUGGUCUUGAAAUUGCAGAUGAAUUUGAAGAUGAUGAAAUAAUGGGCGAAUGGGAAGAUGUUUAA